CUCUGGCCACACUAGCGCUGGCUGUCAAGCAAAAGCAUUUUUGCUGGAGUCUACCAUUUUAUUUUAGUUAAUAAAAUACAUAUAUUUCCUCUCUUUUUGUUCCGUUUGUGCGCGUACGAGUUGGGUACGAAACGGCCGCGCGUGUAAUAACUUAACGAACUGCGAAACGCCCGCAAAAGUGAAGAAAAAACGAAAACGGAUCUGCGACGAAAUUUUCCCCGUACCGUUUUUUUUUUCUCCACCAGCAGCAGCAGAGCAAAAGCAGCGCAGCAGCGAAUAUAUUUGUAAAAAAAAAGAGCCAACCUUGAGAAACACCCAGCGGGGCAUAAAAUUUGUUGGUUUCUCCGUCUGCUGUCUUUCAAGUGAUACCGUACAACUGCUUUUGAGGAGAAGCCCCUAGGCGGAGGAGCAGCUAGCCAGGAUGGACAAGAUGAGGAUAUUGAAGGAAAGUCGCCCCGAGAUAAUUGUCGGUGGCAAAUAUCGGGUUAUCAGAAAGAUUGGAAGCGGCUCGUUUGGCGACAUUUAUCUGGGCAUGAGCAUCCAGAGCGGCGAGGAGGUGGCCAUCAAGAUGGAAAGCGCCCACGCCCGCCACCCGCAGCUGUUGUACGAGGCCAAGCUGUACCGCAUUUUGAGCGGCGGCGUGGGAUUCCCCCGCAUUCGCCAUCACGGCAAGGAGAAGAACUUCAAUACCCUGGUCAUGGACUUGCUGGGACCCUCGCUGGAGGACCUGUUUAACUUUUGUACGCGCCACUUCACCAUCAAGACGGUGCUGAUGCUGGUCGAUCAGAUGAUCGGACGCCUGGAGUACAUCCAUCUCAAGUGCUUCAUCCAUCGCGACAUCAAGCCGGACAACUUCCUCAUGGGCAUCGGAAGGCAUUGCAACAAGCUAUUCCUAAUCGACUUCGGGCUGGCCAAGAAGUUCCGCGAUCCGCACACGCGCACUCACAUCCUGUACCGCGAGGACAAGAACCUUACGGGCACCGCCCGCUAUGCCUCGAUCAAUGCCCAUCUGGGCAUCGAGCAGUCGCGCCGCGACGACAUGGAGUCCCUCGGUUACGUGAUGAUGUACUUCAAUCGCGGCGUUCUGCCCUGGCAGGGCAUGAAGGCCAACACGAAGCAGCAGAAGUACGAGAAGAUCUCCGAAAAGAAGAUGUCCACGCCCAUCGAGGUCCUCUGCAAGGGCUCGCCGGCCGAGUUCUCAAUGUAUCUGAACUAUUGUCGUAGCCUGCGCUUCGAGGAGCAGCCGGACUACAUGUACCUUCGUCAAUUGUUCCGCAUACUGUUCAGAACGCUGAACCAUCAGUAUGACUACAUCUACGACUGGACAAUGCUGAAGCAGAAGACCCACCAGGGUCAGCCCAAUCCAGCAAUUCUCUUGGAGCAAUUGGACAAGGACAAGGAGAAGCAGAACGGCAAGCCCCUUAUCGCGGACUAAAGGCUGGAGAUGAUCGGCCUGGAAGCGAGGUUUACGAUGACUUACGGGGGAUUUCAUCAGAAGAAUAGGAAGAGGGAGGCGGUCGCGGACGUGGACGUGAAAGGAAGGCUUGGCAAGAAGCGAAGGAGAUAAAAGAAGAGAAAACGAAGCAGACACAACCGGAAGAUUGAGCAACAGCAGCGGGCGUUUGGAUGUUUCUUAAUAUUAAUUUAAAUUCAAUACUAAACAAAUAAGGAACAACAGCAAAGCAAAUGAAAACAGCAACAGCGCAGUAAAGCAACACACACACACAUUAAUAAAAUUAAAAGAUAACCCAGCAGAUGUGAUUCGCGAUUGAAUCACUGCGAUCAAUAGUAACACACAAAAUUUACCCCAAAUCGAUUCGAUUUAAAUCAAUUUGCAAUCCACAACACACACACUCACACAAAAUUCACACUCACCCACAAAAAAAAAAAACACCCACUCUCAUUCAACCACUCAAAAAAAAAAAACAAAAAACAAAAAAAGCGAACAUCAUUGCCCAAAAGAAAUAAGAGAAAUGAAAUCAACACUUAGCCUAAUAAAUUACAUAAAAUAAUAAUGGUAAUGUUGGAGAAGUGAAGUAAAGCGAAGGAAAACUAAACCGAUAUAUAUGUAUAUGUAUAUAUAUAAGCGAAUAAACACCAUAUAUGUAUGCAUAUAUCCCAUUUGAUUCACGUCAAAUCGAUUCCAAUGCUUAGUUAUGAAUCGAGCGACGCAAAACUCAAUAACUAAUUAAACUGGAAUAAAUAAGAAACAAAAAAGAAUAAACAAUAAAAAAAAUUCAUAAAAUACACAGAGAAAAGCGAAACAAAAAAAAAUGAUGCAGAAUAGUGGAGAGGAAAAGAAGAAACAACCAAGCAAAGCCAACUGAGAUGGGGGAAAGUAAUAAAAUACAACCAGCAACAAGUAAACAAGUAAAACAAACAAAUAAUAAUAAUAAUUAUAAUGAAGGAAAAAAAACAACAACAACAGAACGCAAAACUGCAAAGUAAUUUUGCAUAGUAAGCAGUAAUAAUUAUACACAUAACUUAUAUUUAAUUUUUUGAAUUACAUCAAUAAAUAUGUUGAAAUUAAA